CAGUAGGACGAGCUGUGUGUUAAGGGAGAAAACGUGUGAACGUGCUGUAACGUUAGAUCUCGUGUUAUUGGAGUUAAACGUUGUAUAAAUUAAUUAAAUGCUGCAGCUAACCUGAUCGAUUAUACAGAUAUACAGAACAAACCGGAAGUCAGUCUCGGAGUGACGCUGGAAUAACCCGGAGGAAACCAUGAAGAAGAAACUUCAGCAGAGUGAAGAGGCGUCUCCGGGGCAACCGCCAGCUGACUAUGUGGUGGGUCAGGUGUCUGGAAGUUUGUCCCAGAAGAAGUCCGCAGCCUCCGGAUCACUGUCGGCUUUGUUCAGCACCGCUGCACCAGCUGCACCUCUUCUGUUUCAGCCUGCGCCCAAGCCUGUUAAGAAGAGCACAGAGCAGCAGACAGAAACUCCAGAGGUCAAAGGUCAACCCAGCCAGAAGAAGAAGAAGAAGGAGAAGCCGCUGAAGGAAAAAUCAGAAGCUCAACAGAAGCUGGAAAACAGGGAGAUCAGUUUACAGAACGCAGACGAGGCCGAGGGAGGGCAGCAGGCGCCUGGGCAGAGUAAGAAUAAGAAGAGGAAAGCUCCGGAGGCGGGCGGAGGGAACGAGCAGUGGGUGAUGAAGAGGCAAAGGAUGAGAGCCAGAAAAGAGGAGGAGGUGAUAAAGAGGAAGAGGACGGUGUUCGUGGGCAACCUGCCCGUCAGCUGCACCAGGAAGACGCUGCAGAGUCUCUUCAGGGAUAAAGGAUCCAUCGAGUCCAUCCGGUUUCGCUCUGUGGUCCGAGAGGAUCCCUCCAUGUCCCGCAAAGUAGCAGCGAUUCAACGCAAAGUGCAUCCCAAAAAGCAAAGCAUAAACGCCUACGUGGUGUUUAAGGACGAGGACGGCGUCUCGAAGGCGUUGGAGAGGAACGGCACGGAGAUCGAGAAAGACUUUCACAUCCGAGUGGACCGAGUGACGGACGACUCAGCACAUGAUCACAAACGCUCCGUGUUUGUGGGGAAUCUUUCGUUCGAGAUAAAUGAACUGGCUUUUCGGCGGCACUUUGAGGGGUGCGGUACAGUGGAGGCUGUACGACUGGUGCGAGACCAGAACUCUGGACUGGGGAAAGGAUUCGGCUACGUCCUGUUUGAGAGCACCGACUCGGUGCAGCUGGCGUUGGAACUGGACGGCACCAAACUGGAGGGCAGGUCCAUCCGGGUGAAGAGGUCGAUGAAGAAGGAGAAGCAGAAGAAUAAAGGUGACAGCAGAGGAACCACGGUGAGGGCCGGCAAGGGCCCUGUGAAGGGCCCAUGGCAGGAGAGAGGAGGCCAUCGGGGAGGUUUCAAGUCUCAAAAGAAUUUCCCGGGAAAGCAGCAGACGACAACUAAAAGCUCCGCCUCCUUCAAAGGAGAGAUGGUGGAUCCAAACAAAAAGAGUAAAAAGAAAGGACUGAAGAAGAAAGUGAAGCCAAAAAAGACUGUUCACAUCUGAUCUACACUUUACAGGGAUAAACUCUUUCUGACUGAACCCAGCAGUGAUCCAGCUUCUGCUGCUCUCAUCACAUUUUCAGGAAGAGCAAGAAGCAGCAGGUUCACAGAUGCCCCUUUUCCACCAACAUGGAGCGGUUCAGUUCUGGUCCUUGAACCUGAUUUUUAACCAUUCAGACCAAAAAUAAAUUGGUUCAGACCAGAAAAGCAAAAAAAAAGCAGGUUUUCCUUGACCUGAGGUGCAAACUGUGACGACAUCAGUGGGCGUGUCAGAUUCUACAGCAGCCCAGGGCACACCAAAGGGCAAUCCAAGAUCCAACUAGUUAUCUCCAAGUGCACGUCAGACACUGAGCGAGCCGCCUGUUAAUGACGCUGUGGGCUAAUGGGCAUGUAGCUAC